AGGAAAUGACUUGCUUCGUUCGACGCUAUCAGUAGAAGUUUGGUGCUAGAAUUUUCAAUCAUGGCUUCUGGAAUGCUCGUCGAAAGACCCGGGGAUGUGAAGUUUCAACGAUUGGAUGUUGAUUCACUCAUUAAUAGAGGGGAAGAUGAUGAUAUUGCUAGCCGAGAGGCGGGCAUCAUGGCGCUGGGGGAGCAGUACAAGAAGGCCGGACAAGCAGAAAAACUUGCCCAGCUCAUCAGAGAUACUCGACCAUUCUUGAGCGAGAUCAGCAAAGCCAAAGCUGCACGACUUGUCCGCAGCCUGGUUGACAUGUUGCUGGAUUUGGAGGGAGCCAGUAGCUUGGAGGUAGCAGUGUGCCAAGAAAACAUUGAAUGGGCCAAGAAUGAGCAUCGCACUUUUCUUCGUCAGAGCCUUGAGGCUCGGCUGGUUUCCCUCUUUUUUGACACCCGCCAAUACACCCAAGCACUUGCUCUUGCUGCUCAACUCCUGGCUGAGUUGAAGAAGCUGGAUGAUAAGAAUCUUCUGGUUGAGGUUCAGUUAUUCGAAAGCAAAACUUAUCAUGCUCUGGGUAAUUUACCUAAAGCCAGAGCUGCUCUCACAUCAGCCCGUACAACUGCCAAUGGCAUUUAUUGUCCUCCCAAACUCCAGAGUGCUCUUGACUUGCAGUCAGGUGUCCUGCAUGCAGCUGAAGAAAAAGACUUCAAAACUGCUUUUUCAUAUUUUUAUGAGGCUUUUGAAGGCUACGACAGCAUUGGCAGCCCUAAGGCAUUAACUGCUCUCAAGUACAUGUUGUUGAGCAAGAUCAUGCUAAAGACGCCCGAAGAUGUUCAGAAUAUUGUGAGUGGGAAGUUGGCACUACGACACAGUGGGUCUCAUGUUGAGGCCAUGAAGGAGAUAGCUGCUGCCAGCAGCAAACGAUCUCUGGCACGUUUCAAGGCAGCACUCAACACCUACAAGGAGGAACUGGAGGGAGACAUGAUCGUCAAGGCUCAUCUCAAGACUCUUUAUGACACAAUGCUCGAGCAGAAUCUGUGUCGAAUUAUUGAGCCCUACAGCAAAGUGCAAGUAUCAUACAUCAGUGAAACCAUUGGGCUGCCACAGGACUUGGUAGAGCGCAAGCUCAGUCAGAUGAUCUUGGACUCGAAGUUGACAGGUAUCCUCGAUCAAGGAACAGGAGUUCUUGAAGUCUGGGAAGCCUCAACGCCAGAUCAAACGUACAAGCAUGCUCUAGACACCAUCAAAGCAAUGGAGAAAGUUGUUGAUGUUCUUUAUAAGAAAGCCAAGCGACUCACGUAAAACUUUUAUGCUGUAGUAUGAUAACCCUGCUUGAUGAAGAUUAUUGCCUAAUUUUGAUGGUUCUUAUGUCGUAGAGAAGCUAGCCAACAUAAUAAUAUUCGUAAAGAUCAUCGUCGCUGAUGUCUUUUUCAGAGUAUUGAAUUCUUACCCUUUCUCCACUAAUCUAUGGCUUUUUAAUAUAUCGAAUACCAUGUACUUGGAUCAAUUGUGACCUUCACUCUCAUCUCCAGGCAUUGGAGCUGCUGACGUCAUUACAGAAUUUCUUACACGUUUGAGAGUUGACACGUACCUAUUUGAGUUUAGUUACACGUAGGAGAGUUUGGACCAAGGCAUAAGUAGUUUAAAAUUUAAUUUUUCGUUAUAUUAUGAUCAUUUUGUUACUUUUUUAUUAAGUAUAAUAAAGGAUUUGAAUCAAGGGUGAGAAUGUAUUUUAAAUAAACUUGUGCCCUCUAAAUAAUAUCAAUUGCCGUUAGCAAAUAAAGAUGGUGCAGCGAUAAACACUCUUGACGCGGAUGUUCAUUGAAAUAUAGGGGGCAAAUUCUGCCACGCGAAUUCAUAUUUCAUUCGUAUACUAUGGGCUGCUUUAAAUAUUGAAAUUAUUGAUAUACGUAUAUCAGCGGUGCCUGGCCAAUUCAUUAACAUUUGUACUUGCGAUACAAAAUGGACAUGUUCAUAAUGCUAACGUUAAUGUUAAAUAAGCAGUUCUUGAAAUGGUCUUCAUACUGCACAUUUUAAUUGACUUUCUUCUCACACUAGCGAGUUUCCCGCGAUCGUAGAAAUAGUGGUUUGUAUUUCAGGUGCUUUCCCAUUCUGUGUCUGAUGGUUGCUAUCUGCUACUAUUGUGCUUGGGAUAGCGUCAAGUAAAUAGUUAGAUUUUUCUUUCUUGUUUUGGUUAUCUGUUUUUUUUGCUCAUAAUUAUUUACUCAAUCCUCAAUAUUGUAACAUGACCAUUUUCUUCAGUUCACCAGCGUCUCUGUCGUGUCUCGGAACGCUGACGUGUUGGUGGGCGAGGUUUGUAGAGGUUCACGCCAUAGGUAACGCCGUUGAAGAUACGAAUUAUGAUUGGCUGAUGGAUUCUCGAAUUUUCUUUUAAUUUUCUAGUUCAUCCAUGUGUGUUACUCGCAGUGUAAAUUAUUUUUAAUAAUCAUUAUUAAUGGUUAUUGUCACGUAAAUUUUGUUGUUAUCAAACGGUAACGAGUGUGCAAUCUGAUUCGUCAGAUCGUGCAUCAUCCUGCGAAAUCUCGUCCACUAAGGGUUCUGUUGAUAUAAUCGACAGAUGCUUCAUGCGAUGCAUAAUUAAAAGUUGAGUUACUGUAACCAAGGACUAUUUAUCAGAAAUAUUACAUGUUGGAUGGCAGUUUCAGUUUGGAAACGAAUACUUGGAUAGAUAUGGUACUUGUCCUCGCUUUCUAAACCAUUCUCUUCAUAUCUUCUAGUGCGUAAAGCCAAUCAAUUUUUUUCUCGUCAAGCCUGGUAUAAUAAUUUUCCGAAAAGAAUGAUUGAAAUGUUUAAUUCAAAGAACGAAACAGAAACAACGAUUUACACUGCGCACCUACUCUCUCUUUGCAUCUGGACGGAAAUGUACUAUAAGUUACAGCUACAAACUGCUUACAUUGGUUGGAAUGUAGUUUCAAAGUGCAUGACUGAAGAGAAUAAUGACGAGAACGCGCCGGUACGCCAUUUUCAAGACUAAAACUACCAAGACAUGAGCAGGCACGUAGUAAUGACCCAUUUCUUGGUUGUGGCUCGAUGAUUGUUUUCCGUGUGGUUUUUUCAUAUAGUGGUUUCCAUGAAGAGGAGUUUGAAGCGAGCGUCCGACGCCAAGUUUCCGGAAAUCGGAAAACCCGAGCUACGAACAACGAUCGCUGCAGCGAGGAACGCUCAGUCUGCAUUUGAGAACUCUAGCGGGAUGAUUCUAAGAACGGUUCUCCAUUAUCGGAGUUGCUGGUCCAUUGAUUGAAAACCGGACUUGUAAUAUUUCUCUUUGAACUUGUUUGCUCUGCGCUUUGUUGCGCAAUUUAUUUUCGUUUGAAGCUUCUAAAUGAACUUAUUUUGCACAAGUGUUGCUAUGAUUUGUGUUGUUCAAAGACCCUGGGUUUCGGAGAUGAAUGCACUUUAUUUUGAAAAAAAUUUCUCAGUUACUUCAUUGAACAAGAUUUAAUUUCUGAUCACGCUCUCAGAAUGCCUUGGCAUUCGUUCCUGUCCUGGAGAAAGUAAAAGGCCUGCCGAAAUGUUUUGAUGUUCGGUCGAUCAACUGGACUCAGUCUAUUUUGAUGAUUCUGUCAUAUUCAGCAAGAUGGUUACAUGUAAAAUUAUUUAGAGAUAUAAAAUAAACUAAAUCCGGGUAAUCUCAGUGUAGUUUUACUUGAGUACAUUGGCCCUAUCGAUGCGCAAUCAAUGAAUCUAUCCGUGCAGAUUUUGGACAUGAAAUUAUCCUGAGAGUUCCAAUACCAAUGCGUCCAGUAUCUCGAUACAUGAAACUACAUACUUGUAAAUAUGUGGAACUUAGCUAGUGCAAAUUAUCAGUAAUAACUCUUCGUACAAUACAGAUUUGAACAUG